UACCCUGCGACUGGAUGCUGUUGUGACCUAGUGUAGUAGUAGCUGCGAGAUGCAGCAGUUGUAUCAAGCUAAUCAGAGAAGUGAGCGACAUCUGCAUUCCCAUUGAUUAAAAGCGGGACUUUAUCCCCAGAUUGACAGCCGAACAGUUGCAUAUAGCAGGACUGUCACCCAGUAAAUCGAAAAAGUCGGUAGCUAGCCUUGACGGAAAUGCUGGAGAAACUAAGCAUUGGCUAGCAAGCUAGCUAACAUUUUCGACUAGCUAGAGGAUAAGGGUCGUCGCAGCAGGGCAUCAUUAAACAGCUGUGUUGUGUGUUAGCUGGGGAACUAUUCUGGUGUGGAAAAAUAAGUGCCAUGACUGGAGCUGGGGCUGAAGAUGACAUUCCAUCAGGUGAAAGGAAGACAGUUACAGACUUCUGCUACCUGCUGGACAAGUCUAAACAACUCUUCAAUGGGCUGAGAGACCUUCCACAGUACGGACAUAAGCAGUGGCAGUCCUACUUUGGGCGCACCUUUGAUGUCUAUACAAAACUAUGGAAAUUUCAACAGCAGCACAGGCAGGUGCUGGACAAUCGAUAUGGCCUGAAGAGAUGGCAGAUUGGAGAGGUUGCGUCCAAAAUUGGGCAGCUUUACUAUCACUAUUACCUUCGUACCUCAGAGACAAGUUACCUGAAUGAAGCAUUUUCAUUCUACUCUGCCAUCCGACAGCGUUCCUACUACUAUCAGGUUAACAAAGAAGAUAGGCCAGAGUUGGUAGUGAAGAAGCUUCGAUAUUAUGCUCGCUACAUAGUCGUCUGUUUACUGCUGAACAAGAUGGACCUUGUGAAAGUUUUGGUCAAGGAGCUGUCAGAGGAAAUAGAAGACUACACUCAGAGAUUCAAUACUGAAGAUCAGUUAGAAUGGAAUCUUGUUCUACAAGAGGUUGCAGCUUUUGUGGAGGCAGACCCAGUGAUGGUCCUAAACAAUGAAAAUUCUGUUGCCGUUACCACCAAUCGACUGCAGGAGGGUGGUGUGCCACCAUUGGAACAGGGAAUGGUUGUUGGGCAACUUAUCCUGGCAGAUGCGCUUAUCGUUGGAAACUGUAACAACCAGGUGAAAUUCAGUGAGCUAACUAUCGACAUGUUUCGCAUGCUUCAAGCUUUAGAAAGGGAACCGAUCAAUCUGGCUAUUCAAACAACUAAAACAGGGUCAUUGGAACCUAGCGAGAAGCCAGCUAAGAGAGAAAAUCCUCACAAGUAUUUACUGUACAAGCCGACAUUCAGCCAGCUAUACACUUUCCUGUCUGCCUCUUUUAAGGAAUUACCAGCAAACAGUGUGCUGCUUGUCUAUAUCUCAGCCACUGGAGUCUUUCCUACAGGACGCUCAGAUUAUGAGGGGCCAUAUGACUUUGGAGGAGUUCUUACUAACACAAAUCGAGAUGUGGUGAAUGGGGAGACACAGCAGAAAAGGAACCAUGCACAGAAAGAAAUGCACUGCCUUCACCCCGGAGACUUGUUCCCUUUCACCCGGAAGCCACUGUUUGUCAUAGUGGACUCUUCCAACAGCACAGCCUAUAAGAAUUUCUCAAAUCUCUUUGGCCAGCCCUUGGUGUGCCUGCUAUCUCCCAUAUCCUAUCCUAAGGGUAUACAAGAUCAAUCCCAGCGUGGAAGCCUUUUCACGUUGUUCCUGUACUGCCCCUUAAUGGCAUUUUUGUCAGUGUGUGGCUUGAGCAAUGUGCGCCAAGUAUUGUGGGAAAAGGCUCAAGAGUUUCUCCGCAAGGUGUAUCGUGACAUUGGCCAGAUGAUGACACGCUCGCGAACCAUAGACCAAGCCUUUCUACAAUUCUAUGGAGACGAGUUCCUUCGAUUACUGCUGGUUCGCUUUGUGUUCUGCUCAGCUACACUGAGACUCCACAAACUCUUCCGGGAAUCCAGAAGCUUCCCAGAGUCAUACCCUCAGCUACCCAAACAGGAGACCGUGGAGAGUAGUGUUUUGCAGAAGCAUGUUCUCGAGCUGGCAGCCAUGCUAGAUGUGCAAAAUCUUUUCUGGAAUGACAUACAGGAGAACAACUAAGUGAGAAGGAGUAGUCAGCAAUUUCAUAAGUUAUAUAAUAGGAAACACAUGUUAACACUUGUAAACGCCAGAGACCUUACUGUCUAUUACAGGUAAUUUAAUUGCUUGUUGAGCUCAUCCAGUUUCUUUUACUUUUUAAGCGACAUAUUAAAUACAUGAAUCUGGUUUAACAUUCAAUAUACAUACUGUAUAUUUGCGAUGAAAUCAACAUGGUCCAGCUAUCAAGUCAAUGUAGGACACACAAGAACAGAAUAACCCAAAAAUAUAUAUAUAUUGACCUAGAAAUUUUCCACCACUGCCGGUAAUGAUUCCAGAUGUCUGGACUGCAAAAGACAUGCAUUUAAACUGUAGGGUAAUCGUUUGUAGGGUAAUCCUGUACAUCAAUGGUAUGUAUAAUUUAUUUUAUUUGUUUAUCAUACACAUUCAAAAUCAAGGCCUCCCAAGAUUUGAAGUAGAAAAAAAAGAAUUAUGUUGGAAAAAAAACAGUGAAUUAUACCAAGAAAUAUGACAUUUAAUUUUUACACAAACCUUUUAAAGGUCCCAUGACAUGAAAUGUUCACUAUAGUUCACUACAGUAUUAGGGAACCACUAAGGCCUAUAUAAAAGCAUCCAAAAACAGCAUGUCAUGGGAUCUUUAAAAUAUUCAUCUGACACAAUAAUUUUGUUUUUGCACCUGUCAGUCCAGCUUUUUAAAUAUCAACAAGGCACUAAUCAAUGGAUCCCUGCAAGCUGUAUAUUAUCAAAAGGAGUAGACCCAGCUGUCUAUCAUUCAUAUGUCCCCAUACAUGUUUCUAAAACAAACUAAUAAGAACAAAUAAUAAACAUAACCAGACCCUUUUCCUAUGUUUGAAAAUAUAAGUUAGUUUUAAAAUGAUUAUGAUUAUUUUCCCUUUCCUGCUAAAUCCACAUAAAAAAUUGGUAAUAGUAUCAAGUGAACCUGUGGAUUCUUUAAAACAAUACCAAUCAUUACACUAUGUGACCAACAGGCUACGCUCUAGACCUUAGGAAGUUGACUGCCUGUGUGCGCGUCCUUGACUUAUUAUCUCAGCUCAUGCUUGCAAACACAGAAUGUGGCAGUAUGCUGAAAGGUGAGAUUGCACUAAAAUUGAUUGAUUAAUCGAGCCAAUGGUAUUUUUGGUUGCUGAGACUAAGAAUUAUUUUUUCAAACUUAACAAUCAGUCAUUUGGCUUGAUAAAUAAUUUAUUAAUUUGUCUUCUCAGUGACACUCUCAAAAGUGUUAUUGUUUGGCACCAUGUGUAUGCUUGUGGCCCCCAUAGUUGUGGGGGUUAUUUUUAAUUUAUUUGAAAUCUGUUAUUUUAGAUGGGAUUUAAGGAAAGAUUGUGAGGGCGGUAAAGUUAAUAUCACUUUAAGUAUAUUUGUUGAUAGUAUAGAGCACUUGAUCAAUCUCCAUUGAGAACAAAUUGUGAAUAUAUUAUAGUUGACACACUUGUUUUAGCUCAUUAAAAUACAAACAUGAAGGAAUCUAGUUUCAAUUAAGGGUUAAAUCAUGUAAUGAUGGUAGAGUAGAUAAUAGGUUCUAAAAGACUGCUUGCAUUUAUUUAGGAUUAGAUUUGGAAAAAAAGAUCCAUUCUUUAUACUUACUUUAUACUUAUUUUAUACAACAUGCUCCAUUUUUAUACCAGGGAGUAUAACUUUGGUUAUACAAAGGUAUGAUGGGGGGGGGGAAAACUGUAGUACCUGACUAAACAUGUAUGCAAAGUCCAUUUUAAAUGUGUACACUUAUGUAAGCAGUUCCAACUGAGUGUUCUAACUUCACACACUUUACCAUUACAUUUUCACUUAUUUGCCUUGGUAAAUUACAUAAGCUAAGUGAAGUUGUUUUCAAACUGACGGUGAACAGUAAUGUGAAUAUUUGCCAAAGUUUUCUUUAUUGUCUUUUUUAUUAGUUGAAAUGUAAUUUAGAUACUCAGGAACAUAUGCAGCAGUAUUUGAGCACACGUUUGGAAAGCAUACUAUUCUGAGGCCAGCACAUUAAAAAAAAAUAAUAAUACAAAAAGUGUACCCAAAAGUAAAUAUAUUAAGUUAAAUACAGACAGUAUUUUCAAUACGCUUGUUGAUAAUAUUGAGCAGUUGUAUGUGUUAUAAGAAAACAUUCUUCCCGUUGAGGUAGGUUUGUUUGUAAAAACACUGUGCGUUGUAACCAAAGGGUCCAACACUUUAUGCUGCUGCUUUUUGUUGAAGUAAGCCUAACCAUUACUAAGCUUCAUCAACAUAGGUGGAAACGUUUUAUUUUGGUGUCAACAAUUUAAGUUGUUAAAUUUAAACAUUGACUGAGUUGUUGUCACUCCUGAUGAAAUUAACAUUUGAAGGUGGCAGAAUAGAAAAUAUUAUGAACAUGAAUUAUAGGCCA